CCUUUGCGCCACCUUCGUUCGACCUGCGACAUUGUGCGACGUAAUGAAACUCGCGACAAGGGCCGAGCGCGAGAACGUGGUGACGGGUGAGCGAGCGAAACGAGCGAACGCGCAGUGAGCGGAAUCGAGGAUCAACAAACGUUAUUCUACGUUUUUCGUUCCUUCUGAUUCCACUUCUUUCCUCGUCUCGUUGGCCGAACGUGCCGAACGUAGUAGUACGAGAAGUCGCGACCCGAAGAGACAUCGUGCCAAGACACCGUAGCCCGAAUCUGUGAGUAUCCCGGAUAUCCUGGUGCCAUUUUACGUUUGUCGUCGCUAUCCAUCCGACGACAUCUCCAAGUUUUUCAUCGAAGCCGAAUCCGCGUGCUACGCGCCCUACGAGGAUGAUCGACCUAACAGUCAAGACCUUGGACUCGCAGAAUCACGUCUUCUCCCUGGAAGACGACCAAAUCACGGUACGUGGCUUUAAAGAGUACAUAGCAGAGUCCGUCGCGGUACCAGCCGAUUCGCAGAGGUUGAUUUAUUGUGGACGAGUACUUCAAGAUGAAAAGAAAUUAAAUGAUUAUGAUGUCAAUGGAAAAGUCAUACAUCUGGUACAACGUGCGCCGCCUCAGCCUGGUCAACACGGAAACGAUGGUGGACAGACACAGGGGCAGGGCAGACAGGGCUGGCAGAGUUCGCAGAGACCACAUUAUCGAGUUACACGCACUCAGAUGCAUGGAAAUGCGAUGUAUCUGGGAGCUAUGUCUGUACCAGCAGAAAUUGUUGAAGGCCAUGGUAUACCGCAGUUGAGUAACAGUUUAUCUGGUAGUAGACUAAAUCAUGCUGGUCGAAUGCUCGAUCGUGUGAAUGAACUAAUCGAUCGGCUGGAUGAUCCUAGUGCCCCACCUCUAGAUCUGCCUCCACUUUAUCCAUUGCCAACGCAGCAGCAGCAACAGCAACAGCAGCAACCGCAAGAUUCAGAGCAUCUCGAACAAAAUGAGAACAACGACGUUUCUAGAGAUGACGGUGCUAGACUCGCUGAGGCAGCCGCUGUCGUUAUCACAGCCGCGUUGUCAGCUGCCGGGGCACGCGCAGUUGCAUUGGCCAGAGAUGUGACUACUCGACGAUUUGUAGACAGCAAUGUAAAUGGUGAAAAUAUUAGAGCUUCAAGCGACGCGAAUGAGCAAAAUGAUGCACAAUCAUCACAGUCACACUCUCAAUCACAGUCUCAGUCACAAUCGCAGUCGCAAUCACAAUCGCAAUCGCAAUCGCAAUCGCAAUCUCAAUCGCAGUCGCAAUCUCAAUCACAACAGCAACAACAAGCACACACGACUACAUACGCGGAGGCUACAUCGAGCAUUCCUAACCAAAAUAGACGUACUCAGCAGGAUCUCCCGCGACCUCCACAAAUGGCAAUAUUAUUACAAAGACUGUGCAACACUCAAGAACGAUUGAGACCAUACUUGGAACGUUAUUGCAUGCUUACACUUCUCGAUCCUUCGUUACCACCGGGGCCUGGAUCGCAAAACGUUGAGGAGAAUCAGAGAAUAGUGGAUGGAGUCAGUGAAAUUCUACAUUUUAUGUCGCAUUGCUGUCACGCACUGAGUGACAUUAUCAUUGAUAUGAGUCAAUCACCUCCUAGAAACUUGCGAUGCCGACCGAUAAUAGUACAGCACUCGGCUAUUUUACAGCCUGGUAUUCCGAUCCAGGUGGAGGCGCAUAUUAGUUUGAAUGGUCGCAGUGCUAAUAAUAAUAACAGCAACGAUGAGACAACAGAAUCUGGUAAUCAGGCGCAAUCGGAUAACGUGGGAUCGACAACUUCAUCGCGCGUUAAUACUGAGGAGGGUAAUCAAGAGCGAGAAUCCGACAAUACGGCGCAGUCGCAUGCAGAACGAUCACAACAAGAUCAGGGCCAAUCACCUUUCGAUACAGUAUUCAAUUUACCGAAUAAUGUUGAAGUGCUAAUGGAAGUUAGUUCCGAGAGCAAUAUAGAUGCUGGAUCGAGCAAUGAACAGAACACGUCAGGCAAUGAAAAUAACAACAACGCCCGUAGAACAAAUGUGUUUCCGUUUGGCACGCCACCGCCGCCAUAUUUCAUGCGAAACUUUAUGCAAGCUGUUGCUGGACACAUGGUGCACGGCGGUAUUACUACUACAACUAUAAGCACGAGAAAUCAGCCCGUUACUACUGCAGGAACGCAACAAGGUAUCUCUUCGUCAAUGGACAGUGGAACCACCAAUGCUGGUCAAAGCACUCAAGCACGAAGUAAUUCGGGUACUCACCCUACCACCGCCACACAAACUCGAAGUACAUCGCGACCGCACGUGUUCCAUCAUCAUGCUCAUCCAAUGGGUCUCGGCAUGAGUAUCGGACUAGGCCUCGAUUUUGAUCCCUAUCUUCCAUGCAACUCGCACCAUGUAUACCGUUCUCCAAGCACUACUGUAACUACUGAGGCAACUUCUUCGCAAACAACACGUACGACGUCGACAACUACAGCGGACGCUCAGAAUCAAACUAAUCAAACUGCAACAACUUCGACUACGACCACCAGCUCUACUUCUGCGAACGUAACAUCAACGACAAAUGCAGAAACGACUACUAAUAAUCCCUUCGUGACUUUAUUGCAACAGAUAUUAAGUCAAUCGGCAAGCGGUCAAUCGCAACCUUUACAUAAUAACGUUCCAAAUUUGAUGGAAAAUCUUGGGAAUAUAAUGCAAAUGGUACAUGGUAACGUACAUAAUAACAUACACGUAGGAUUCUUAAGUGAUAGUGGUUUAAUCGGAAAUCCUCCAUCAUUGGCCAGUUUGUUAGAGGGUGGUGGUCUAUCUAUGGAUCUUUUUACGUCGCACGAAUCCGGAAGAGAGGCGAAUUUCCUCGUCGAUCUCUUCGUAGUUCUGGCACAAAAUACAUCUCUAGACGGAUUGAUCAGAAUACGUCUCGGUCAGUGGGGCCCCGUUGCUCGUCUUCGAAGACCAUUGCAAGAGUUUCUACAAUAUACAUUCUCGAGCGCCUCAUCAUCAGACGCCCUUCAAGAACAAGCAACUGAGCGUUUACUUUCUCAACUACGGCCUCACAUUCAAAAUCUUCUAGCGUCCGAAGAAGACACCAGCGGCAGAAUUGGAUCCCGCGUUGAUCUUUGCGCAACCGUCGAAUCGUUGAUUGCUCGCCACGCAAGAGAUAUACUUAGAAUCUUAUUCGACACCGGAAUCGAUGAUACUAGGUUUGGACAAGACAUAUUGAGUAUCCUGAUGAACAUGUGCAAUCAAAUCUGUACAGUACUUCGAUACUCGCUACGCGGCGGCCAAGCUGGAUUGGAGGCGAUUGCGACACGUUUUAUGCGUGACUUGAUGGAUGGUGGCAAUCCUGCUCUUCUUCAAUGGGUGUUGAAUGGAUUUAUUACCCAUCUUCGUACUUACUUUUUAUGCGUACCACAGCCCCCGGAUUCGGAGAUCAUACCGCUUUUGGUGUACAGGGAUGCAUCAUCCCAGCCGUCGUCGGUAUACUCGACGUCGACCCGCCAAUCCACACAAGCGCAACCAGAAGAUGAACCGAUGGAAACCGAAACUCUAGAACAGCAACAACAGCAACAGCAACAGCAACAGCAACAGUCACCAUGCGAAAGCUCCCUACCUGAGGACCGAGAAGAAAUUCCGGAAACAUUCCCUGGCCACGAAGCUUUACCUUCGGAUUGGGUCCCAAUUAUCGCUCGAGACGGUGUGAGACAACGUAGGCAGUUGCAAAUGCAGGGUGUAACACCAAACAGCGGCGUGACGACGUUUAGCGACGCGUACCUAGGCGGUCUACCAAGUAAACGUCGCAAGUUGAUCGAACAACAGAAACCGCGGUUACUAGUUAGCCCUACGCCGAAUCAUUCGACUAUAGCAGCAUCUAUGGAACGAUUAGUCAGAGAGGGAGUCGGUCGUGCCGGUGUCGAGGAGGUCGAAGGCGCCGCUGUGGCUGUCGCAGCGGAUCCCGCUGUGCGUCGCGCAUUUGGUCAGGCAAUCAGGGACUGCUUAAAUCCGUGCCGAUAUGGCACGCCAGAUUUUCCGGAUCCAUUACGCUUCCCGAAUGCGACCAAAUAUUUCGCAGAUCAGGAACGUCCACCGAAAUAAUCAGCGGCGAGAUAUAAUAUCGUACUCUGACUUGUGUUAUUAACUUAAAGGUGAUACGUUAGGUAUCGAUGAAUGAAAGUCGGCUAAUGUCCUGAGAGAAUCGACGCGCAAGGAAGGAAAUCUCACGUGGACAAUUACGUAGAAAGAAAAAAAAAUAUAUUUCUUUUUCCCCUCUAUUGAUGGAAAGAGGGAGAGAGAGAACAAAUGUAUUUUUAACUGGCUGAUCGACACGGUGCAGAUGUAUCUACAUGUUAUCUAUAUGCUCAUAUCAAUAUUCACUUUAUUAAUAGAUUCACAUUUUGACAGAACUCUUCUCUGGAUUAAGUUCAUAAUUAAAUAAUAUUUAGAAUCCUCCUGAAAUCAAAUUUUCCAUCAAGUAUCAGUUCAAGUAUCAAGGGAAAUUGAUAAAUCAAUUGAUGUCAAUUUUAUAAAAAAUUAACAUUAAUUUCGAGAAAUCAUCAUUAAUUUCCGCUGAAGAAAUACAAUAUAUAUCCUGCGUAUACAUAAAUGUAAAAACUGUUAACUGCGCACCCAUCUAGUUAUGAUUUUUGCACCCGUGCACCUGCUAAUUGGUCUGAAUUCUUCGCUUGCGUAAAAAGAUUUUUUUUCUAUAGCCUGUCCCUAUUAAGUUAAUUAAUCAAAUUUUCGCCGUGACUUUAAAACAAUCGUAGACCAAGAAAUAGAUCGAAUUUUAUACCUCUUUUUUUCUUGCUCAACACAUGUUUGGCAGUGUUACAUUUUAUAAACAGUGGCGUUGUAAGUUUCGGGAAAAAUUUUAUCGCGCGCACGCGUAUUUCAUGCAGAUAAUUAAUUCUUGCGAGAUUCGACGUUUUCGGAGCGAUGUCUUUUUAUGACGUAUGUUCUCUACGCGCGUGUCGCAUCAUAACAGGCAAAUUGACGCGUACGAUGCGUGGUAUGAUAACGUACUAUAUGUGAAGUAUGUUUAAUCGUUCUAAUAACCAGUUGUAUGGAGAAAUGAAAAAAAAAACCAAUAAAGUUGUGUAUCCCUUUUC